AGUUAAGUGACUGAUAAACUGCAUAAAGGCUUUGAGACAACAGAACAACCACAACACACAGGACAACACAAAUGCCAAGAUACUGCACAGAGAGACACAGACUCCUUGACAGAAAACGUUAGAACUGAGGAUGCUGGAGAACGUCACAGGUGACGUGCAGAAUGACACCUUCUCCUGCCACCACCCCUCGGUGGAGGCCUACCGCUACUUUGGCGUGCUGUGGGGUUCGGUAGUUACUAUAGUUGGAACGGUGGGGAACAUGCUUACCAUUCUGGCCUUCGCCACGGACACCCGGCUGCGGACGCGUUUCAACGUGCUGAUAGUGAACCUGGCCCUGGCGGACCUGUUGUACUGUACCCUGCUGCAGCCCGUCUCUGUCGACUCCUACCUACAUCUCCGCUGGAGGGGCGGACCUCUCUGGUGCAGCAUCUUUGGCCUCCUCCUUUUUCUCUCCAACUCUGUUUCUAUCAUCACCCUGUGUCUGAUCGCGGCCAGCCGUUACCUGCUGGUGACGAAGCGGGAUGUGUUUGAGCGGGUGUUUUCUGGUCGAGGCCUGGCUCUCCUCCUGCCCUCCACCUGGGCCCUGGGCCUGGCCAGCUUUGGCCCACUCUGGCCCGUUUAUGUAUUUGCCCCACAGGUGUGCACCUGCAGUUUCCACCGCACCAGGGGGCGCCCUUACACCACCGUGCUGCUAUUCUUCUACUUCUUUAUCGGCCUGGGCUGCGUGGGGAUUUUCUACCUGCUCAUUUACAGGCGAGUCAGGGUGGCGGCACUGGCACUGGUCCGCUACCGGUUUAGCCGACGCUCGUCACAAAAGAAGCCGAACUCAUCAGAACAAGGGACGGAGGGGGAUAGUGGAGUCGGGAGCGGGGUGGCCACCACCCAGAGCUGUGAAUUGAGCAGCCAGGCAGAACUAACCCAAUACAAGGGGGUAGAGGUGAAGGUGCACCCUGGGAAAGCCCAGUCCUCCCACUCCACCUGGGGAUCUGCUAUAACUUCACAUUCAGCUCACCUAGCAGGGGCACAGGAGCUAACCCCUGCCCUCAACCCUGUGCCCCGCUCGGCCACUCCUGCCCCCAUCACUGCCCCCUCCUCCUCCACCACCUCUUCAGGGGACAAUGUUGAGUUUAGACGUGUGACCCGGAUGUGUUUCACUGUCUUCCUGUGUUUCGUGGGCUGUUUUGUCCCGUUCCUGCUGCUGAACAUUGCUGAUAAGCAGAACCGUGCACCUCAGGUGCUCCACAUGUUCUGUGCCAACCUCACCUGGCUCAACAGUUGUAUUAACCCUGUGCUCUACGCUGUCAUGAACCGCCAGUUCGGACAGGCCUACCGGGCCCUUCUAGUCAGGGCCGCCACACCCUUCACACACCUCUGGACACGGUGACCUAUACAUGCUGGUUGUUUAGUAGAUGCAGUUAUUCAGAUUGACUUUAGUCAGUGUAUUCAAUUAAGGUACAUAAGACAACCACACAUUGGUAAUUAUCACUCACUUUUCUCAGCCCACACUGGUAUGGAUUGAGCUACUUCCUCCUGUCUAACUUCCUCUCCUCCUUCCUGAAUAUUACAUUUACUGUCACCUAGCAAGGGAAAAAAUGUGCUUUUCUGUGAUUUUUGGAAAGGGCAAAUUUAUUUUGGGCUAAGAUUAUGCUCGUCUUUUCCCCAGUUACAAACACCAAUGUACAGUUACUGAUAAGCCUUUGUCCCCGUACAUGAAAUAGCUUUCAGAGCGGCUAUAUAAUGUGGUCAAAUCUCACCAGGAAAUCUAUUUUAUUCCAGCAGGAAGCCAGAAGCCACCAACAGGGAGAUAGUUAUGCAAAGAACUAUAGCCUCCUUUACGUCUUGUGUUUAUUUAUUGUCUGUGCCAUUGUACUUUUGUCUGUUCAUUUACACUCCCCUACUGUACAUGUGUAUUUGGACAGUAAUGAUAAAUGUUUUUAAUUUGGCUCUGUACUCCAGCAUUUUGGAUUUGAGAUCAAAUGUUUCAUAAAAAGUGACAGCACACAGACUGUCACCUUUUUAUUUGAGGGUAUUUUCAUACUUAUCUGAUUUAACGUUUAGAAAUGGAAGCACUUUAUAUAUCUAGUGCCCCCAUUUGAAGACGUCAAGUAUUUGGACACAUUUCCCUUAGUGUAUUUAAAUAGUCAUAAGUUUAGUAUUUGGUCCCAUAUUCCUUGCACACAAUGGUUACGUCAAGCUUGUUGGAUGCAUUUACAGCUUGUUUUGGUUGUGUUACGGAUUAUGUUUUGUCCAAUAGGAAGUGGAUGGUGAAUGAUAUUUUUGGUGUCACUUUUUUUGUAAUACUAUAAUAUAUUUGUGAACACUUCUACAUGAAUGUGGACACUACCAUGAUUAUAGAUCCUGAAUGAAUUGUGAAUGAUGAGAGAAAGUUACAAAGGGACAAAGAUCAUACACCCCCAAAAUCUCCCCCAUUAUUGGUAAUAGUGAGAGGUGAUUGACUCAUUUUUAUUCCUAAUCAUGGCAUCAUCACCAUUUACUCCAUUCAGUUUCUAUUGGGGAAAACAGAACCAAAACAAACUGAAAAUGGAUCCAAGGAGUUUGUAGCCACAAGCUUGAUGUAGUCAUUGUGUGCUAACAAUAUGGGACCAAAUACAACACUGACAAAUUUGGUACAUUAUAAAUGAUAUUUGAAAUACAUAUGAAUUUGGACAGUGAAGCAAAAACAAAUCUAUGUCUCCUCAUUACUCCAUAGUACCUUUAAUUUGUAAACAUAGAACAUUAUCCUUUUACACAUAGGACAUUUCAUUUACACAACAUGUGGAACUUCUGCCAACCCUAAAGCAGAACUUUUGAUAGAUUUCUCAACUCGCAUGUCCUAAAGUAAUGGUGCAACUCAAAAUGUCCUCCAUGACAUGAUUAAGUUGACCUUCACCUCCUGAUAGUUGAGAAUAUUUGUAAUCAUAGCAGUCAUAUUGGUAUACGUGAUUUGGAUUUGUCAUAUCGUAGUCUAUUGCGGAAUUACAAUGUUGAGAUUAUUUUAAUACAGAACAACAUACUGUA